CACAUUGUUCAGAAUUUAUUUAGGACAGAAGUGUCAAAAUUAGUCGUGAACUUUGAGGUUUGAGUAGGAGAUAAUAUUAGUAUGUCAAGUGUAUUUUCAGGCACCUACGCUUAGUGUAUUACAUUAUUCUAUUCAUACAAUAAACAUAAGUAAUAUGUAUAUUAUUCAUAAUAAUGUUUAAUAAUAGGUUUUAGUAAAGCAUGAGAUGAAUGAUUUUUAUUUUCUUGGACAAUAAAGAUUUAACAAUCUACCUCUACCAUCAUGGAUGACUAUGUUCAUGAUGAUUCGAAUUUCGCCCUUCAAGUUGAACAGAAUUUAGAUGUUGUGUUUCCUAAUGAUGACAGUUCUACAACUGACAAUUAUUCGACUCUAGGAGGUUAUGGUUAUGCUUCAAGUUCAUCUAGUUCUUCAAUUGAUUCACAUUUAAUUUUACCUGAAAGAAGUCAGUCCAGCAGACUGGCAGCAGUAUUCCUGUUGGUGAACGCUGCUCUGGGAGCUGGUCUCCUCAACUUUCCACAAGCCUUUGAUCAAGCUGGGGGAAUAUCUGUUGCUCUUCUGGUUCAGUUGGUACUGGUUUGCUGUGUGUGUUUCGGCUUGCUUGUAUUGGCACACUCAUCAUGGCAUGUCCACGCUGCCACACUCCAGGGCACAAUGGCCGGAACCUGUGGCAAAAAGGGCUCAAUUGUUUGUUCUCUCCUGAUCGCUCUUUAUUGCUUUGGCACUUGCGUCACAUUCCUCAUCAUCAUCGGUGACCAGUUUGAUCGAGUGUUGAAGUCAUUAGUAGGCCCCAAUUUUUGCUAUUCAUGGUACAUGAAUCGCCAGUUCACCAUAUCGGCUUCUGCAUUAGUUUUCAUUCUUCCUAUGUGUUAUUCCAGAACUAUUGAUUUCUUAAAGUAUGCCAGCUCUUUAGGUGUUCUAGCUGUGGUGUACGUUGUGGGUCUUGUAGUUGCACAACAUUACACUGGUGACUUCGUACCGGGUCCCAUCAAGACUUCUCCUGACCAUUGGACCGAUGUUUUCUACGUAGUUCCAGUCAUCUGUUUUGGUUACCAAUGUCACGUCAGUGUAGUGCCUAUCUACUCGUGUAUGGAUGAUCGCCGCAUGGGCUCAUUCACUGUGGUGAUAGUCGCCACUCUUGCCCUCUGCUCCUCGGCAUACACUCUCACUGGAACCUAUGGUUACCUCACAUUUGGUAGUGAUGUGUCAAGUGAUAUCCUGGAGGACUACAGUGGGGCCAGUAUGGCUGUCCUAGUCGGCAUCGUUGCCAUCGCAGUCAAGACUGUCACCACAUACCCUAUCCUGCUGUUUUGUGGAAGGGAAGCCCUAACAAGUGUCUGGUGUCAAUUCGUUGGAGAUUUUGAACCAUCAUACCCACCUACAGAGAGGUUACGUCGAGUAGUGAUUUCAACCCUUUGGUUCGCAACUACCAUUGUCCUGGCAGUCAUCAGUCCUGGCAUUGGCAUAGUAAUUGAUGCUCUUGGAAGUCUAGCUGCUGUCUUCAUAUUCAUUUUGCCUGGUUUGUGUCUACUACAGACUUGUCUACAGCGGGACCCGUGCCUAAUGGUGAAUCGGAUGCGAUGGUAUGUGGGCAUAGCUGUGAUGUUCGCUGCGGUAGGGGCUUUCAUCAUGGGUGUGGUGCUGGUGCAAACAGUGGAGAGAGUCCUCACCACACCUGCUACCCCAUCUUAUCUCUGUACCUGAUCUCAUGUUAUGCUCAAUAGGUUAGGCUAGUCAGUGAUAAUCUUUCUUCCAAUAAGUAAGUUAUCGUCCUAUAAUAAUGUUGUGGUGCUGUUUAAUUGAUUUAACCAAUGAGAUUACUUUCUCUACUGUUUUUAGUUUUUUAGGAUAAAGUGAGACUAGUGUGUUUGCGUUAGACUUAAAUGGCCUUUUGAAUUUCAUAUUAUGUGAUAUUUAUAAAAUAUAUUUGAUAUACAUAAGAACAAACAAAUAGUUGAUGAAGUAAUAUAGUAUAGACUGCCCAAAAUAACAAGGUAUUAAUAAAAUAAUAAAUACAAAAUAUAUUUAUAAAUACAAGUUAUAAAAUGUCGUUUUAAAAUGUUUAGGCACAUAUUAAGCCUUUUAUAUGUCUAUAAGUUAUUUCAAUACUGUAGGGUAUGAGUAAAGUGUUAAUUCACCUAGCCUCAGAUGACACUACAUAGCUACAUGUAGACCUACCAUCAGGAGCUGCAUACUCUCAUAUGUAUCUGCCUACAUUUUAUAAAACACACUUAUUUGCCAAUUUUACUUUUACUAUUUUUCAUAAGUAGUAAUGUUUACACUACCCAGAAUAGUUGUGCAAAGUAGAUAAUUAUGUGAUAUAAUUAAAGUUUAAUACAAAGAAAUCGUGAAUAUACAUGGUGUGUAAAAUGUAUGGAAAUAUCUUAAUAUUUUUUAAACCAUAGCUAAUGAAAUUUACAAACUUGGCAUAAUGUUUUUUGGCUAUCUUAAUUACUAUUUUAUGCACAACAAUCAUACACGUACAUUGGGGAGAUGGUCCAUGGGCUGUGUCAUGGAAAUUUUUAACGCAAGCGUGUGUUAAUAUGCAUAUCACUUUAAAGCUCAUUAUCAUUAGAACUUAAUGCUGCAAACCACAAUCCAUAAGUUUUAAUCAUUAUAAACUGGUGGCUGUUGAAAAAGAAUCAAUGUUGAAGUUUUAAAUGGCUGCCAUUUUUUUAUACGAUAAAUGAUUUAGGAAUUAUUCUUUCAGAAAGUAUAGGACUUUCGGUGUGUACUGAAAGUUUUAUGUAUUGCAAACAAUAACUAGGAACAAUAUUAUAAAUAAUAACAUUGUCCUCAAGUAAAAUUUUCUUUUAAAUUGUAGUAUAGUGACAAGCAUUUUUAAUGCACUGUUGUACAUAAAAAUGUGAACAAGAACAAAAUAUGAGCAUACAUUUUAAAGAUUAAAUUAGUUCCCUCAGUUAUUGAUAAUAAUGAACAGCAAACAUCAUAGUGAUGGCUACUAGGUUACAUAAGGGAUGUGAGGGAGAGUUUUGAGUGACUUGACUAACAAUGUUGACAUACUUGCUAGAUUGAGAGAAAGUACUCACUCGCUACAUAUAUCCUAUGUAAAAAAAAUAUCACUUCCCUACAACAGUAAAACUAAUUAUAUUUUUUCUAAGCCAAUUUAUAUAAUAAAUAUUGAAACCAUUAAUUAACAUAAGUAAGGUAGAGUUGAGGUAUGCUUGUAAAGGUCAGAUUUGUUACGCAUAUCUCUUUGAAAUUAAGUGAUUUCGAAGUUUAACCAAGUAAUGGUAAGUUUGAUAAGUUUCUUUGAGUACCCUGUAAACUGUAAAACAUGAUGAACUCAAUGUGAACAUCAGUUACUCAAUGUGAAACAGUUUUAAGAAGAUACAACUGAGUUGUUUAUUAAUAGGAUAAUGUUAAUGUUUUAAAGUAUGGAAUGCCAUAAGGAACUUGAUUAUUAUUUUAUAAUAAUUACAAUGUACUCAACAUAUGGUUAGUCCCUGUAUUUCAAUGUCUAUUACUUUCAUUUUGAGGCCCUAUUAUUAAUAUUACUGUAUACAGUAUAUGAAUUGGGUAUAUUUGUCUUUAUUUAGUAAUUUAUUUGUGUAUUCUUACUAGAUAACUGCAAAACCCUAUUAAUAUCUUUUUCUACAGCAUACACAGAUCGUGUCUUACAGAUAUCCAUGUUUGUGGCAAGUGGAGUCCCUAUAGUAAUAUUUUAUCUGGAUGGUUUGAAAAGAAAAGUGACAAUUCAAUGUCAUGAAUGUCACUGCUAUCUUAUAGAUAUCAGUUAAAGUACAGGACUAUGACACCUGUCCUCUAUAUCUCACUUGUUUUAGUAAUAGCUGCAUAGUGUAGAUGACACAUGGAGUGACAUAGUGAUGGGGGAGCUCUAUAGUAUAGUUGAGUGAUGUCAUAUGAUGCUGUGCCGUCUCUGGUCAGUAGACUUGUCUGUUGAUGACACUUAAAGUGAUAUAGUUAUGGGGGAGUUGUAUAGUAUAGUUGAAUAUAAUAUUUGAUGUUUUGCUAUCAUAUGAUGCUGCUGUGCCGUCUCUGGUCAGUAGACUUGUCUGUUGAUGACACUUAAAGUGAUAUAGUUAUGGGGGAGUUGUAUAGUAUAGUUGAAUAUAAUAUUUGAUGUUUUGCUAUCUUUGGCCAGUUGUAGAUCUGUACACCUGUCAAACCUGUAUUGAAUAAUGUUAGUAUGAAAACAGCAUUAACCAAACGAGAGGGUGACAGUAGGAAGUAGACAAACCUGCUUUGAGAAUGUUAGCAGAGAACGCCAUUAACCAAACGAGAGGGUGACAGUAGGAAGCAGACAAAUCUGUAUUGAUAAAUGUUAGUAUGAGAACGCCAUUAACCAAAUGAGAGGUGACAGUAGGAAGUAGACAAACCUGCUUUGAGAAUGUUAGCAGAGAACGCCAUUAACCAAACGAGAGGGUGACAGUAGGAAGUAGACAAACCUGCUUUGAGAAUGUUAGCAGAGAACGCCAUUAACCAAACGAGAGGGUGACAGUAGGAAGUAGACAAACCUGCUUUGAGAAUGUUAGCAGAGAACGCCAUUAACAAAACGAGAGGGUGACAGUAGGAAGUAGACAAACCUGCUUUGAUAAUGUUAGUAUGAGAACGCCAUUAACCAAACGAGAGGGUGACAGUAGGAAGUAGACAAACCUGCUUUGAUAAAUGUUAGCAGAGAACGCCAUUAACCAAACGAGAGAUUGACAGUAGGAAGCAGACAAAUCUGUAUUGAUAAAUGUUAGUAUGAGAACGCCAUUAACCAAAUGAGAGGUGACAAUAGGAAACAGACAAACCUGUAUUAAAAAAUAAAAUUGUGAGUGAUAGAUGAGUAUGGGCUACUCUUAAUGGCUUCCAAGUGCAAAGGGGGUAAGUGUAAUAGUUAUAGCCAAACUUUUAUAAUUCUGAAAUGCAAAAUGAUAUUCUCUAAACCCUCUAUAUUGUGGCAUUGUUUCUAAAAUAAAAGUAGAGUAUAAUCUUGUUUAUCCAGAUCUCAGAGUAAUUCAAAUAGAUUUUUAUAAAAUUGUGCACAUUUUUUUAAAGAAUAAACAUUUUUUAAAUAUACAGUGUAAUUUGUAUUUUUUGAACACAUGUUAUUACUUUAGUUUAAAGUGACAAUAUAUAAGUUAGCAAUGUUGUACAAAAGAUUUAUAAUUAUAAUUUGGAAGAUGUUAAUGAUUGGUCUUAGUCCGAUAAUAGCCUUGGUACGAUGACUGACAUAUACAUUGUACUAGCAAUUUGUUCUUGAAUGGUAACGGAACAGUAAAAACUAUUCUGAUAAUGAACUGAAAGGUGUUAUGAUUGGCCUCAGUUCGACAGUAGCAUAGGUACAAAGACUGACGUAGAUGUUGUAUUAGCAAUUUGUUCUUGUGUCUGGGGAUAUUAAAAAAUAAAUAUUCUUAUAAUAAAGUGGAAGAUGGUAUGAUUCAUUGUGAUCCAACAGGUUAUAUCAGCUAUUGAUUUAAUUUUAGCUUUGAAACAUUUGCGUACUUUCCGGAAGCAGAGUACCAAAGUUAACAAAAGGAAUAACUUUUUACUAAACAGCAUUCAACAUUUCUUUUUAUUGUUUUUGUUCUCUAUACUCUGUCUCUGUCAAACGAAAUAAUAAACUGGCUCUGUUUAACUAUUAUAUUCAUAAGAAAUAAAUUCCUUAUUAUUUGCAAUAUAUGUAUUUUUACUGUAUUCUUGGUUUAUCUGGAUUUUUGUUUAUCCAGAUUACUUCUGGUCACAAAUAAUCUGGAUAAACAAGAUUGUACUACAGUAUCCAUCUGAAAAUUAGUAAAGCAAUUUCUAAAUUUAACCAAAUAGAAGAACUAAGAUAUAGUUUUCUUUCUUAAGUAAUUUUACUGUUACUUACAUGUCUAAUUAAUUUUUUUUUAAUAUUUUACUUUAUAAAUAAUUAAUUCUUUUUUAAAUGUAACAAAUAAAUAAUAAUAUGCUUCAAGAUAAUCUUGUUCAUUUUUGUCAUAGAUAUGCAAUUUUUAUUUUGUGUAAUUAGAUCAAAAUGUUUUAGUACAAACAGACAUUUUUUAAUUUUAAAAGUAAUAAAAAUUAGGUGUAAGUAAAACUAGUAAUAAACCAAACAAAUGAUUUUGGGAGAAAUGUAAUGAAAUAAUGCAAACUAUAGAUUAAAUAUAAACAGUAGCUGUGUACUUUUGUCACAACACAGUUACAUACAUCGAAAAAUUGUGUAUUCUAAUAUCCGAGAAUAAGUAAUGGCAUAAAAUAAACUAAUUGAUUUAUACGAAUUCCCAUUACAGAAAUGUUAGAUGCGUUAAUGUUUGCCCAGUAUAAUAAACUGGCUCUGUUUAACUAUUAUAUUCAUAAGAAAUAAAUUCCUUAUUAUUUGCAAUAUAUGUAUUUUUACUGUAUUCUUGGUUUGUCUGGAUUUUUGUUUAUCCAGAUUACUUCUGGUCACAAAUAAUCUGGAUAAACAAGAUUGUACUACAGUAUCCAUCUGAAAAUUAGUAAAGCAAUUUCUAAAUUUAACCAAAUAGAAGAACUAAGAUAUAGUUUUCUUUCUUAAGUAAUUUUACUGUUACUUACAUGUCUAAUUAAUUUUUUUUUAAUAUUUUACUUUAUAAAUAAUUAAUUCUUUUUUAAAUGUAACAAAUAAAUAAUAAUAUGCUUCAAGAUAAUCUUGUUCAUUUUUGUCAUAGAUAUGCAAUUUUUAUUUUGUGUAAUUAGAUCAAUAUGUUUUAGUACAAACAGACAUUUUUUAAUUCUAAAAGUAAUAAAAAUUAGGUGUAAGUAAAUCUAGUAAAAAACCAAACAAAUGAUUUUGGGAGAAAUGUAAUGAAAUAAUGCAAACUAUAGAUUAAAUAUAAACAGUAGCUGUGUACUUUUGUCACAACACAGUUAGAUACAUCGAAAAAUUGUGUAUUCUAAUAUCCGAGAAUAAGUAAUGGCAUAAAAUAAACUAAUUGAUUGAUACGAAUUCCCAUUACAGAAAUGUUAAAUGCGUUAAUGUUUGCCCAGUAUUAGCACACCAAGUUUACUGUUCAUUUAUGAGUUUCGUAUUAUACAGUUUUAAAUUCAAUAUUUUAUGAGCAUGCUUUUUCUUUGAGUCCAAAUUUUAUAACCCUCGAACUGGCAAAUGCCCAAUAUUGAGUGUUUUAGUAGCAGUAUAACAGUUCUUAAUUUUUAGCUUUUUAACAUUUUUUUCUACAUUUAUAAAAUAUGGUCAAUUUGUAUUUGUUUCAAUAUUAAAAGAAAAAGGAUUUCUCUAUUGGACCAUUCUUACUAUGCAGCAGGCUGCAAAUAAAUUUUGAUACAUAUUUUUCUGAAACUUCUAUUGGCCAUAGACUAUUUAAAUUUAAAUAUCAAUAUAGUUAGAGGAACACGUCUGGUAUUUCAAACGUUUCAUACAGGAUGGAAGACAAUUUUUAUUUUGAAAUUCAUGCAUUAAAAUGUUUAUUUCUCUACUUGCACAUGAACAGUGUAAAUAGAGCCUAUAGUGGUCUAUAUUUACAUAAUAUAGAGUUGCUCGAGUUAUAGUUGUGUGAAUAAAUAUAAUCCUAAAUUAUGUUGUUUUAAGUUAUGUUUAAUUAAUCAGCAAAUACAAUAGUUAUGAUUAAGUAAUUUUUGGGACAUUUCAGUCAAUAAAUGCAAUCGUAUGCAUCUAGAUAAGUUUUAUAGAAGUUGGUUAUUAAAUAUUGCACCUCAAAAUAUGUGUAAUUGAUUUCCCAUUUGUUUGAUAGUAUUUUGCAAUUAUAUAAGGUAGUACUUAUUUCUUUAUUAACAUACUGAUUCACUGGUUAUGUUCAAGCAAGUGUGAAAGGCUAAGAUGUGUGUUAUAGACUGGCUAGCUGAAUAGUGCCAUCCAGUUAAAUUAUUUCAUAGUUUAUUAGUUAUGUAUUUGAUAGGCCUACUGGUUAAUUAUUUUUAUACUAUUGUAUUUAUGUAUACUGUGAAUUGUUAAUUAUAUUUUAUUAUAUAAAUGUUCAUGUUUUUUAAAAAUUACAAAAUUUAUUGUGUGUGGAAAUUAAAAUAUCAUGUAUGUAUUUGAUCUUAUUCAUGAGAUGUUUGGAAUUGACUUAUAUUUUUGUGUAAAUUAAAUAAAGCCACAUUGUUGGAUUUUUAUUUGUU